UGAGGGUGGCACUCCAUCUGUGUCAGUGAGUCAAGACAGAAAGAGAGACAAAGAGGUUUGUAUACAUCUAACAUUUUUACAUACAAACCCGAACCCCAAAAUUCCUCCUAAAUAUCUCAACCCUCCCAAUUUCCGAUAAAACAAACAAACCCACAAACACUCUUUUUUUGAAUGCUCUCUGCUGCUUUUCUCCAUUGUUAGUCUUGCCUUUGCUUUGCUUUCAAUGGGGAAGAAGACCUCGGCGGUGUCUCUUUUCAUCGCCUUCCUCUCUCUCUGUCUCGUUUCCGAUACCGUCAGAUCCGAUUCCUCCAAUCACCACUACAAAGAAGGCGAGUUGGUCCCUUUGUAUGCCAACAAGGUCGGACCUUUUCAUAACCCCAGUGAAACCUACCGCUAUUUUGAUCUUCCAUUCUGCUCUCCAGACCAUGUGAAAGAGAAAAAGGAAGCUCUUGGUGAGGUAUUAAAUGGGGAUCGUUUGGUAAGUGCGCCCUACAAGCUUGAAUUUCGAAAAGAUAAGGAAGCUGAGCUUGUUUGCAAAAAUAAGCUCACAAAGGAAGAAGUGGCUAAGUUUCGAUUGGCUGUCAACAAGGAUUACUACUUUCAGAUGUAUUAUGAUGACUUACCCAUUUGGGGUUUCAUAGGGAAGGUUGAUAAGGAAAACAAAGAUCCAAGUGACUACAAAUAUUACCUUUAUAAGCAUAUUCAUUUUGACAUACUUUACAACAAGGACCGGGUGAUUGAAAUCAAUGUUAGGACAGACCCAAAUGCCCUUGUGGAUCUUACAGAGGAUAAAGAAGUUGAUGUGGAAUUUAUAUAUACUGUGAAAUGGAGAGAAACAAACAUUCCAUUUGAGAAGAGGAUGGAUAAGUAUUCACAAUCAUCUUCACUACCUCAUCAUUUGGAGAUCCAUUGGUUCUCAAUCAUAAAUUCAUGCGUGACAGUUCUCUUACUCACUGGGUUUCUUGCGACGAUUCUCAUGCGAGUCCUUAAGAAUGAUUUUGUCAAAUAUGCCCAUGAUGAGGAAACAGCUGAAGAUCAGGAAGAGACUGGAUGGAAAUAUAUUCAUGGAGAUGUAUUCAGGUAUCCCAAAUACAAGUCCCUAUUUGCAGCAUGCCUUGGAUCUGGUACCCAACUUUUUACACUUACGAUAUUUAUUUUUCUACUUGCACUCGUUGGUGUAUUCUAUCCAUACAACCGGGGGGCUCUAUUUACUGCUUUGGUUGUCAUAUAUGCUCUCACCUCAGGGAUCGCAGGCUACACUGCUACCUCAUUUUAUUGUCAGCUAGAGGGAACUAACUGGGUUCGGAAUCUGUUGUUAACAGGGUGUCUCUUCUGUGGACCACUGUUUCUAACAUUCUGCUUUUUGAAUACUGUUGCAAUUGUUUAUACAGCCACUGCUGCGCUUCCAUUUGGCACAAUUGUAGUGAUAGUUCUAAUAUGGACGCUUGUGACGUCACCUUUGCUGGUUUUGGGAGGGAUUGCUGGCAAGAACAGCAAAGCUGAGUUCCAAGCUCCUUGCCGCACUACCAAAUAUCCCAGAGAGAUUCCACCUUUGCCAUGGUACAGGGGAGCAAUCCCUCAGAUGGCAAUGGCUGGAUUUCUUCCUUUCAGUGCAAUAUACAUUGAACUUUACUAUAUUUUUGCUAGUGUCUGGGGUCACAGGAUUUACACCAUUUACAGUAUCUUGUUUAUUGUCUUCAUCAUUCUCCUGAUAGUUACUGCUUUCAUUACUGUGGCAUUGACAUACUUCCAACUUGCUGCUGAGGAUCAUGAGUGGUGGUGGAGAUCUUUCCUCUGUGGUGGGUCGACUGGCUUAUUUAUCUAUGCUUAUUGUUUGUAUUACUACUAUGCACGUUCAGACAUGUCAGGCUUUAUGCAAACUUCGUUUUUCUUCGGCUACAUGGCAUGCAUCUGCUAUGGCUUCUUCCUCAUGCUUGGAACUGUAGGCUUCCGAGCAGCAUUGCUUUUUGUCCGUCACAUAUAUCGGUCUAUUAAGUGUGAGUAAAUUAGUUGGUUCUCAACAGGCAUCAGUUAUUUUUUAUUUUCUCUCUUUCUUUUUUUUUUUUCCUCUUCUUCUUCAGUAGGCACAAUGUAGAGAAAAGAUUCAUGAAAGUAAUUUUGUAGUGCCUGGUGAGUUAAUGCUGAAGCAAGUGCCAUGCUAUGAGAUAUCUUGCUUCUUGUGCAUUA